AUGGCGUUGUCCAAAACCCUAAUUCGCACCGGAGUUUCUCUGAUGAACCGUUUCAUCAACCCGGCUGUUAACAAGAACCCAAUUCCCCACCACCGGAGUCUCUGUCGGAAUCCCCCGUUGGUAACCCCUCCUCAGCUGUUCCCCUUGCUCUUCAUCCUUCAGUCUCACAACUCCCUUCUACAGUUUCCAAAGCACCAAAACGACGCCGAAUCCCACAGAGAGGUCUUCCUACACCCCUCUGGCCUCCCCUUUCUUCCGUUCUUCCUUCCAGAAGGAGAUGGUUCUUCAUCAAAUGAGCCUAUGCUUUUAUUACCAAAGCGAACAUAUCAACCAAGCAACAUCAGGCGCAAAAGAACCCAUGGAUUCUUUGCACGGAAAGCAACAAAAGGUGGCCGGAGGGUUAUUGCUCGGCGAAUUGCGAAGGGUCGGUCCAGAAUCACAGCUUGA